UGGGUUUUCUUUACUGCUUGUAAUAGAAGCAAAAAUGUCAAAACUUCCGUUUUAAACUUUUUCAUUUUGUCACAAACGGCGUCAAAUUAAAAAUCGUUGUUCGUUUUGAUCGAUCUUGCCUACCUUUUGAAAUUACGCUUAGAUUCGGUACUUGCAGUGAACUGUUGACACGACUCGGUGGCCGUUUGAAAGUUUUAACCAAGCUCCGUUACCUAUCUGACACCUUUCAAAGUUUAAAGAACUAUUUUCUCGUUUUUUUUUGUUCCGUUGAUUUCGUUUCGAUUUUAGUUCAACUUGACAACUAAUUGGUGUCUAUUCACAAGAGUUCACCAUGGGUUGUGCGGUUAGCUCAACAACCGACAAAGAAGCGGUUGAGCGAUCCAAGAAGAUUGACAAAGAUCUUAGAGCUGAUGGAGAACGUGCUUCUCGAGAAGUCAAACUCCUGUUGCUUGGUGCUGGUGAAUCUGGCAAGAGUACAAUUGUGAAACAGAUGAAAAUAAUUCAUGAAACUGGAUAUUCAAAAGAAGAGUGUGAACAGUAUCGACCAGUAGUUUACAGUAACACAAUACAAAGUCUAAUGGCCAUCAUUUGUGCCAUGGGUCAAAUUAGAAUCAACUUUGCAGACUCCAGCAAAGCUGUUGAUGAUGCACGACUGUUUUUCACACUUGCCAGUGCUGCCGAAGAAGGAAUGCUUACUUAUGAUCUGGCUCAGGUAAUGAAACGACUGUGGAUGGAUGGUGGAGUGCAACAUUGCUUUUCUCGCUCUCGCGAAUACCAGUUAAACGAUUCAGCCGCCUAUUAUCUCAACGCCUUAGACCGUAUUUCAGCACCAAACUACGUACCAACGCAGCAGGAUGUUUUGAGGACGAGAGUGAAAACCACAGGCAUUAUUGAAACGCACUUUGCUUUCAAAGGACUUCGUUUCAAAAUGUUUGACGUUGGUGGACAACGAUCAGAACGCAAAAAAUGGAUACACUGUUUCGAAGGUGUCACAGCCAUAAUCUUCUGUGUGGCAUUAUCAGGUUACGAUCUGGUGUUGGCCGAAGAUGAAGAGAUGAACCGUAUGAUCGAGUCAAUGAAACUAUUUGACUCCAUAUGCAACAACAAGUGGUUUGUGGAAACUUCCAUCAUCCUGUUCCUCAACAAGAAGGAUCUCUUUGAAGAGAAAAUCACUAAAUCGCCCCUCACCAUCUGCUUUCCUGAAUACCAAGGUUCCAACACGUACGAGGAAGGCGCCGCAUACAUCCAGAUGAAGUUUGAAAGUUUGAACAAGCGCCGCGACCAGAAGGAGAUUUACACGCACUUCACGUGUGCCACCGACACCAGCAACAUCCAGUUCGUCUUUGACGCCGUAACGGAUGUGGUGAUCAAGAACAAUUUAAAAGACUGUGGUCUGUUCUAAUCGACUUGGUGCCAGUGCAUAUCAUCCCAGCUCUCUCUUACUCUUACUCUCUCUUUAUUAUUUGUCUUGGAUACCACAACUUAGUCUGAAAUAUCAUUUGUACUGUACGUUCAUCGUUGACCCCCGUCUAAAAAAAAAACAAAAAACAAAAUGCGCAACACUAAUUUGCUGUAAACUCCCACUCCCGUUGCGCUGGCCAUCACGCACAUUGCUUUCUUCUCCUCGAUCGACUCAAUUUAAUCUGUUGAUAUUUUAUUUUUAAAAUUUUUUUCCCACUUGAGCAAUGAUAUUGACUAAUAUCCUUCUAACGAAGAAGAAACCAACAAUAUAGCUCAACCACUCUUUGAUUGCCAUAUUAAAACAAAAGAACACACAACUUUUCGAUUAUCCUCCUUUUUUAAAAACCAAAUUCUCCUGCCGUUUGGACGCAUUCGAAAACUCGAAGUUUGUUUAAUGUCGCACAAACCCCUUUCCUUAUGAACGUCUAGUAGCCUUGAUUCUUUCGCCAACCAGAGAAAACACAAAACUCUUGCGUGACACGCUUUUAUUUUUUCAAUCCUUUUCUUCCUGCCUAUGCGGACCAUCUACAUUUUUUCUUGUUCUGUUUGGAACUUGUUAAUCCACCGAUUUAACAUUCCUCCACAUGCCUGGCCUUUGCUAUCCGUUCAACGUGCUUCUUCUUAUUAUUCCGGCUAUUCUCUUUGUGUGGAGUCCAUCGAAUAAUUUCCCUUUUGCCACAUGCUCAACCACGUGACUCGUUUUUAUCUCGUUCUAGGAAAGAAAGAUGGAGAAAAACAAAGACAAAAUUUGAUACUCGGUCGUUGAUUGAUCGAUGGAUAAUUAUUUUAGAAAAUUUGCUUGGUCUUUAAAAAAAAUUAUUGUUGUCUCAUCUCUUCCGUUUCUCUCUCCAGCCUGGCAUGUCUUCCAAUUUGGCCUGAUGUAUCGCUCGAUAAUGCCAAGUAUUCUUAUAUAUUAAAAAUGAUUUUUUUUUCCAACUCCUGUCCUUAACUCCCGCUCUGAAUGAGUCUUCUUCUUUCCUUCAUUUCUAUUGUGUGUGCGUGUUUCCAUAUUUUGACUAUCUCCCAACUUUUUUUUUUUAAGUGUACGCCAAAAGGGGACGACGGAGUUAUGACAGCGAUUCUCCUUUUUUUUACGAUUUUUAUCGUCUUCUCCGAUAUAUUGUGUAUAUGGGUAUCAAUACAACUUGCAUGCGAGCUGUCUCCAGCCA